AUUAGUUUGACAUGACAUUUGGGUCAAUGAAAUUGAAUUGAUUUUAAUUUAAAAAUCUGAAAAUAUACUACUAUUUUUUUGUGUUGUUUACGUUGAAAUUCUUCUAUAAAAUUCUGUAAUAUUUGUAACCACUCUUUUAGUUACCCUAUUUUCCUGAAGGUACGGAAUUACAAAAAAAAUUGUUCACAAUGACAAUGGGCGAUGAAUUACCUGUUACUUCCUUAGUUUUACCCGUACUCAUACGUCCUGUUUUAACUCAGUUAGAAAAAUAUGACCUUGGAGCCUCUCAAACAUUACGAGCAGCUCUUACAAAAGCUGAAGCAGCCAUACCUGGACUUAACUAUGAUUUAGUGGCUGGUAUAAUGAGGCGGGCUGAUAUACCAGUUAACAUGAAUGAGAGCUUGCUGAGGCUGCAAGGAACACUUACUGAAAAUGAAUGUGCUGAUUUGAGAUUGAACAGGUCUGAGGAAGCUUUCCAGGAGUUGAAUAAGAAAUCAGCUGCUUUAAAGAAAAUUUUGAGCCGAAUUCCAGAUGAAAUUACUGACCGUAAAACUUUUCUGGAAACAAUUAAAGAGAUAGCAUCUGCCAUCAAGAAGUUAUUAGAUGCGGUUAAUGAAGUGUCAACAUACACACCUGGUCCAGGAAAACAGGCAUUGGAACAGAGGAAAAGGGAAUUUGUUAAAUAUUCAAAGAGAUUUUCUAACACUUUAAAGGAAUAUUUCAAGGAGGGACAAGCAAAUGCUGUGUUUGUGAGUGCACUCUACCUCAUCCAUCAAACCAACCAAAUCUUGUACACAGUUAAAAAUAAAUCAGAGUAAUAAGCUAUUAGUUGUUCAUAAAGAGGUUAUUAAAACUAAAAUGUAUUAUUGAAUAAUGUUUUAUUAUUACUUGUAUCUUGUUUUGUUAAGUGUCUAACUUUUGGGAAAGAAUAAGACCAAAUUUGUAAAAUAAAAGUAUU